AUGCCUCUUACCAAGUACAAAGCCGCCUGUGUCACAUCCGAGCCCUGCUGGUUCGACCUCGAAGCCGGCGUCCAAAAGACCAUCAACUUCAUCAAAGAAGCCGGCGACGCAGGCUGCAAGCUCAUCGCCUUCCCUGAAGUAUGGAUCCCCGGCUACCCCUACUGGAUGUGGAAGGUCAACUACCAGCAAUCGCUUCCCAUGCUCAAGGGGUACCGUGAGAACUCUUUGCCUAUGGACUCGGAAGAGUUUCGUCGGAUUCGCCGCGCUGCGAGGGAUAACCAGAUCUACGUCUCCCUCGGCUUCUCCGAAAUCGACCACGCAACGCUGUAUCUCGCGCAGGCCCUAAUCGAUCCCACAGGCGAAGUCAUCAACCACCGCCGCAAGAUCAAGCCCACCCACGUCGAGAAGCUCGUCUACGGCGACGGCGCAGGCGACACCUUCAAGUCCGUCACCAGCACUGAACUCGGUCGCUUGGGUCAGCUCAACUGCUGGGAAAACAUGAACCCCUUCCUCAAAGCGCUCAACGUGUCCGAAGGCGAGCAGAUCCACAUCGCCGCCUGGCCCGUCUACCCGGGUAAAGAGACGCUCAAAUAUCCUGACCCGGCGACGAAUGUGGCGGAUCCGGCGAGUGAUCUUGUUACGCCGGCGUAUGCUAUUGAGACGGGGACGUGGACGCUUGCGCCGUUUCAGAGGUUGAGUGUGGAGGGGCUGAAGAAGACGACGCCGGAGGGGGUGGAACCGGAGACCGACCCUUCGACUUACAACGGCCAUGCGCGUAUCUACCGCCCUGAUGGCAGUCUCUACUCCAAGCCCGACAAGGACUUUGAUGGUCUUCUCUUUGUUGAUAUCGAUCUCAACGAGUGCCACCUCACCAAAGCGCUGGCUGACUUCUCGGGCCACUACAUGCGUCCUGAUCUCAUCCGUUUGUUGGUUGAUACUCGUCGCAAGGAGCUCGUUACGGAGGCCGAUACGAACGGUGGGAUUGCGACGUACACUACGAGGGAGCGCUUGGGGCUGAAUGUCCCGCUUGAUGCGCAGGCGCCUAAGGGGAAGGCGGGUGCGGGGGAUGCGGCCGUGAGCUCUGCUGUCUAG